AGCGGACUUCGGGGUCACGACCGACGGCGGACGCAGAGGCAGCAAUGGCGGCGCAGGCAAGCACUCCCAAGGGCCAGGUGCUGGUCAACAAGCAGUUCAACUCCCCGAUCAAGAUGUACUCCGCGGAGAACGUGGCGGAGGUGCUGAACAAGCAGACGCAGGUGCUGGAGAACGGCGCCGUGGGAAAGAAAGAAGAGAAAACACACACACACACACAUGUAGAUAAAGAUGAAGGAAUGGAGAUGGGAAGGAGAGAAAGAAAGGAAGGAAAAAAGAAGCCACGGAAAGGUGAGGGAGUUGGAUAUAGUGAGGAAGAGGGAUCGGAACCCGCGGAUAACUACGCGGCCCCCGCGACUCCCCAAGCGCCGACGGCUUGGCAGCCCCCGUCACCCGCGCGCGCCCCCGAACACGCACCCGCGCUCGCUCGAGUGUACUCGCCCGUCGCUGCACCCGCACCCGCACCGGGGCCGGGCCCGCUUUACUCGCCUGCGGCAGCUCCCGCUCCCAGGCCGGUGUACUCGCCCGUGCCGGCACCCGCACCCGCUCCCGCCCCGGUGUACUCGCCCGUCGCCGCACCCGUCUCCGCUCCGGUGUACUCGCGCGUUGCCGCACCCGCACCGGCCCCCGUUUACUCGCCCGUUGCUGCCCCCGCCCGUCCGGCGGCGCAGGCCCCGCCGCCCUCGCAGCCCGCACCCACUCCACCGGCGCCCGCCCCGCAGUUCCAGGGCACCAUACCGGGGCAGCCCGGCCAGCCGCAGUACCCGCCGCCUCUGCAGCCGUACCAGUACCCGUCGUACCAGGCGCCGCCCGCCUUCGAGCCGCCGCCCUCGACCGUCGUCUUGCGAGCCGAGGCGCCCAUCAGUCAGGCACCUUUUCCGGUGUUCGAGUCCCAACCCGCCGCCGUCCGCGCCGCAGCCCCCAAGAUGCGCGGUGACGAGAAGUGGCCGCCCAGCGAGUACAAGGAGCGCGCCGCCGUGGAAAACCAGCAGCGCAUCGCGCUGGCCCGCGGGCCCGCCGUGCGCCCGCGCAAGGUCAACCGCGACUACUCCAAGUUCUUCGCGCAGAACGCGCUCACCCCCAACUACCCGUCGUACAAGGCACCCCCAGGCACACAGCACUACGUCGAGGAGGGGACGUCAAACUUCUGAGCGCGCCGCCACCGCCGCCGUCGUCACCGACUGCGGGACGGCGCGCGAGCCACGGACUCUGCGAACUCGUGCAAGCGCCCUCGGAGGCGCGCGCCGAGGUUGGCAGCGCCGUAGGAAGGUUGGCAGUACCGCCCCUCCGCUGUAGCAGCAGCAGCAGCGCGCGUCUUCGACAUGCCGAUGUCUCUUGUCUCGCGCCGAGUGGCGUCACUGUCAACAAGCCUGCGUGUUGCGCGACUUCCGAGUUGGGGUCCGGUGUCCCUCGCUGACAUGGAAAGGCGUUCGGACCUGACCGAAAGCGCACCCAAGGUACGCUAGGCCCACGAGUUCGCAGAUUCCGCGGUGCGAUCUCUUCGGUUAUUUAUUUUGCACAAAAUUUCAUUUCGCUUUUUAUCAAGUGUUACGUCUGAAUUCAGUAAUUCUCUGCACCUUUUUGCUACUUAUUAAAGGGUUGAAUUUUUUUACUCUCUUUAAUGCACAAUGAACCGCAGGUAUCGCACCAAAAGCUCAGGCACAUCCACUACGAGUCUUUACUACCGAGGUCUAGUAAAGGACAAGUGAGAUAUUGAGGCAUUUUUUAAAAUUCGUGUUGUAAAAAUGAAACAGAAUUCAGCACUGCAAGAACUGACAAGUUAUGCUGUUAAAUGUUUUUAUUGUACUGACACACAAAAGCCGUUCCUCGGUAUUUUUUUAAAAAAUAUAUAUUUUUUAAAUACCUAGUCAAGUAGUGAUGUUGUGGAAGAAGCCAUAAGACGUUCCUUCUGAGACAGUUCAAUACCAAUAAUAAAUUACGCCACAUACGUGUUCAAGAAUAUGGAUACUACCCAAGAUAAUUGUAACUGCCACUAACGCUUCGACUUUUUUACGAGAAAUUUACGAUACUCGACUAUUAUGCUUGUUAUGAUGUAUUCUUAAACGAAAAUGCGUAGUUAGAUGCUUUGACACAAUUAUAAUUUUCCUACAUCCUAUCAGCUUAAUGUCUUGAACAAUGAAUGUGAUGGUAUAUAUUUUAACUAUAUUUAUGUAUGUUUGCUAGAUUAAAUAAAAAAAUUAAAUACAUUA